CCUAGAUGUCCAUGGACCGAUGAAAGGACAGAGAGUUGUGGUACAUUUUACAGUGGAAGCAUUCAUGACUUUUUAUCCUAUAUGGUUGCGAGCUCUGUAUUUGUUCAUUUCCACAUUAGGCUGCCAAGUUUGCUGAUGUCCAGAGCCUUACCUAUCAGACACUCAGCUUAAAUCUCUUCCUUGAAAAUGGCUUGAACAUCUCUUCACGGAUCCCCUUAUGGGGCGCUGGGGUCUCCGCCUUCACAGGCAAACCGCUGAGUGGAUGCCUGGCAGGAAUUCCACGGUAGUGACGGAAUUCCUCUUGACGGUGUUCGCUGACCACCCCCACUGGGGGCUUCUGCUCUUCGCGGUCUUUCUGGGUUUCUACCUGCUCACUCUGCUGGGGAACUGUGGAAUGAUCCUCCUGAUCUGCCAGGAUCGCCGGCUGCACACCCCCAUGUACUUCUUCCUCGGCCACCUCGCCCUCGUGGACAUCUGCUACUCGUCCACCAUCGUCCCCCAGGUGCUGGGGGUCCUGCUGGAACGCGGCGUCGUCCUCUCCAGGGUGCGCUGCGCCGCCCAGUUCUUCCUCUUCACCUUCUUCGCAUCCACGGACUGCUACCUCCUGGCCAUCAUGGCCUACGACCGCUGCGUGGCCGUGUGCCGCCCCCUGCUCUAUGUCACCAUCGUGACCGAGAAGGCCCGCUGGGUUUUGGUCGCGGGGGCGUACACGGCGGGCUUCUCCAGCGCCUUGAUUCGAACGGUCACCGCCUUCACGCUCUCCUUUUGCGGGAACAACCAGAUCGACUUUCUUUUCUGUGACCUCCCCCCUCUGUUAAAGCUCUCCUGUGGGGACAGCUACACCCAGGAGGUGGUGAUCAUUGUGUUUGCCGUUUUGGUUAUGCCUGCUUGUAUCCUGAUCAUCUUGGUUUCCUACGUGUUCAUCGUCCUGGCCAUUGUGCGGAUGCGCUCUUCCGGGGGCCGCGCCAAGACCUUCUCUACCUGCGCCUCCCACCUCGCUGCUGUGGCUCUCUUCUUUGGGACCCUCAUCUUCAUGUAUCUGCGGGACAACUCGGGCCAGUCCUCGGAGGCGGACAGGGUGGUGUCGGUGCUGUACACGGUGGUGAGCCCGAUGCUGAACCCUCUCAUUUACAGCCUGCGGAACAAGGAGGUCAAGGAGGCGGUCCUGAAAUCCUUGAGCCGACCGAAGGUUUCUGGAAGGUCCUAGAUGGACCUUCAUCAGAUAAGUCACUCCUUAGUUGCUCCACCUUUUCUGUCUUUCCUCAAGUGUUACCUACUUGGGAAGAUUUUCCCAGAUAACCUUAUUAAAAUCGCACCUAACAUUCCAUCUCCAUUUUCUGAUUUACUGUGUCAUGUAAUACUUGUCAGGGCUUUCCGGGUGGGUCAGUGGUAAAAAAUGUCUGCCUGUGAUGUUGUAAGAGGUGCAGGAGAUGCUGGCUCAGGCCCUCGGUCAGGAAGAUCCCCUGGAGGAGGGCAGGGGGUUGUCCCACUCCAGUAUGUGUGCCUGGAGAGCCCCAUGGACAGAGGGGCCUGGUGGGCUACAGUCCGUAGCUCCAAAAGAGUCGAGAAGAAUAGGACGCGACUGAAGUGGCCAAGUACACACGCACAGAAUACUUGUCAGAAUCUGAUGCUAUGCAUAUUUGAUAUUGUCUGGUCCUCACGACUAGAAAGGAAGCCACGUGAGAGGAAGCACUUCUAUCUGUGAGAUUCAUUUCUGUAUGCCCCCGGGACUUAGCAAAGCACCUACCACGCAAAGGCUCCCACUAAAUAUUUGUUGAACGUAUGAAUUAAUCUCAGGUUCCAGUGUCGACCUUUAAGUUCCAACUUCUUCCGUUCUGAGUGUUUUUAUCUGCCAAGUGGGUUUACCUAACGUAAAGGACCAUAAUUUUGAGGAUUCAAUGCAUGAAUGGGUAAGAACCAUGCUGAUCUUAUUUCCUAGCAUCCGUUGACUGUAAUGCAUUGCCUGGCACAGCUGAUGAAUGAAACAAAUUAAUCCCUAUCUACCAACGCAGCUAUGUUUUGAUCCAAAGGGAUUUCCAAACCCCAUCAUUUAUGUUUUCACUGUUUCUCCUCUUAUUGUUUCUGUGGGUUUUGAAUGAUAAUAAUAUGAAUAUUAGUGAUGAUAAUGAUGGAUAGAUAGCAACGAUCAAGAUUUAUUAGGCAUUUAUCACCUUCCAGGAAUUGUGAUGUUUGCUCCAGGAAUUAUUUGAUUUAAUUCUUUCCAGAACACUGUGAACCAUGUUUUGUUAUUAUUCCUGCUUACUGGUGUGGGAGGCACCUGGGAACUUAGAGUUGAGUAAUUGUGCCAAAGUCAGCAAGCAAAGGCUAGAGUGAGGUUCCCUUGCACCCCACCCAAAACCUGAGCUCUUCACAGUCUCCUGCUAUGAUCUACUUCCCACCCUAUAUAAUUACUCAGUCUGGAAUUUAUUGUUAUUGCAAUUUUCUUUUUCAUUUUACCUGGUGAAGAAAAGAGAAAAGGCCAGUCAGAGGAGGUACAAGGCAGUCAGCAACGUUUAUUUUAUAGCCCUGAUGUGUUGGUACUGUGUAAUGUGGAAGUGUGUGUCAGUGUGGGGUGUGUGUGUGUGUGUGUGUAUGCAUGCAGUUGUGUAUGAGAAAAUGAAGUGCACAGAUUAAACAGAUGGUGACUUCUGAACUCUAGGACCUUUCAUUUUAAGGACAUAUAACAAAAAUUUUAGAAAAGAGUUGGAUGGAUAUGUUUAAGAAAAGAUACUGGGAGAAAAUUACAGCUGUGGCCAGGAGAUUUGGAUUCACACAGCAGCCUUUGCUGGUGUUUUUGUGCAAAUCACUUCACUUGGGGUGAAGCAACUCCAUGGAGGGCAUCUUGGUCGUUUUUCAAAUAUUAGCUGCCAUGUGAUGUUCCUGACUCAUAAACUUCUGUCUUAGGUGCUAAGAGGCAUUUUGUAUUGUAGAAAGAGCUCAGAAUUUGGUACCACAGUGUCUAGUCUGUCACUUCUUAGCCCUUAUGCCUUCAGGUUCGUUAAGGCCUAUCAGCCUGCUUUCUCAGCUGUGAAAUAAGGCUUAUUGAGCAUUUACUGUAGGCCAGGUUUUAUGUGAUGGCACCCCACUCCAGUACUCUUGCC